ACAGAAACAGAGGAUAGUGACUGGAUACCAAUCCCAACGUAACAGAUUUAGAACACUAGUUCACUUUAUGUGGCCAAGAAAGCUCCAUUUUUUUUUCAAGUUGCCCGUGGAAACUACAGAAAGGUCACCAUGGUUAUGGUCAUCUUGCUUUCUUUAGAUAUUUAAGCUUGGAACUUGAAACCAAGUAAGCACCAAUGCCUCUAACUGAUCAUAUGACCCAAAAAAUGGAGAAAGAGAGGAACAAGAACAGUUGCAGAAACACAAAAGCAACAUCUCCAUCUCAGAGCAAUCUUCAACUUCUAGUCUUGCUGUUGGUUUGUGGGGUGCUGCUGACUAGUGGAAAGGAUGUGAAAGAAGAAGUGGUUGGUUAUGGCUAUAAAAUUGGCUCUGUUAACUCUGGUUUAGCAGGCAAGUUGUUGACUGCUGAUCUUAGCCUUAUCAAGAGAUCUUCAGUCUAUGGAAAUGAUAUCCAACAUCUUAAUCUUAUUGCCGAAUUUGAAACCAAGAACCGUUUGAGAGUCAGAAUAACAGAUUCCAAAGACCAAAGAUGGGAGAUUCCGCAACACAUCGUUCCCCGGCAAAACCACUCUCCGAAGAACUACCUGCAUUACUCUCCAUUAAAUCAUCGACUCCUGCUAGAUAACAACCUCCUCUCUGACCCCAACUCAGACCUGCUUUUUACCCUGCACAACACCAUCCCUUUUGGCUUCUCUGUCACCCGAAAAUCCUCAGGUGAUGUCCUCUUCGACACGUCCACGGAUAUGUCCAAUCCCGACACUUUCUUGGUCUUUAAGGAUCAGUAUAUCCAGCUAUCUUCCAGGCUUCCUAUAAAGAGAUCUUCUUUAUAUGGUCUCGGAGAGCACACAAAGAGCACUUUCAAGUUGAAGCCUGAUGACACAUUCACCUUGUGGAAUGCUGACCUCGCAAGUGCUAAUAUUGAUGUUAACCUCUAUGGUUCCCACCCAUUUUACAUUGAUGUAAGAUCAGCAUCGGCUGAUGGCAAAGUACAGGCAGGGACUACUCAUGGUGUCCUGCUGUUUAAUAGCAAUGGCAUGGACAUAGUUUAUGGAGGAGAUAGGAUAACUUAUAAGGUUAUUGGAGGCAUUAUUGAUUUGUAUUUUUUCGCUGGGCCAUCGCCAGAUAUGGUGAUAGAGCAGUAUACAGAGCUUAUUGGUCGGCCGGCCCCAAUGCCAUAUUGGUCAUUCGGAUUUCAUCAGUGCCGAUACGGUUACAAGAACAUUUCUGAUGUUGAAGGUGUGGUUGCUGGCUAUGCAAAAGCUCGGAUCCCUCUUGAAGUUAUGUGGACAGAUAUUGAUUACAUGGAUGCAUACAAGGACUUCACAUUUCAUCCUGUUAACUUUCCCCUGGAAAAAAUGAAGAAAUUUGUCAAUACCCUUCACCAAAAUGGUCAGAAAUAUGUGGUCAUCUUGGAUCCUGGUAUCAGUGUGAACUCAACGUAUGAAACCUACAUCAGAGGAAUGCAGGCUGAUAUUUUCAUUAAACGCAAUGGGAUUCCGUACAUGGGUGAAGUGUGGCCUGGAAAGGUCUAUUUCCCGGAUUUCAUAAAUCCUGCUGGCCGAGAGUUUUGGGGUAAUGAGAUAAAAAUAUUUCGAGAGCUUCUCCCUGUAGACGGUCUCUGGAUUGACAUGAACGAGAUAUCGAAUUUCAUAGAUCCAACACCCACCCCAUUUUCUACCGUUGAUGAUCCACCCUACAGGAUUAACAAUGCUGGUAUUCGACGGCCUAUUAAUAAUAAAACUGUUCCAGCAACAUCUCUACACUUUGAUGUCAUGAAAGAGUACAACGUUCAUAACCUCUAUGGCCUUUUGGAAUCGAAAGCCACCAAUGUUGGUCUGAUCAAUUCAACUGGUAAAAGGCCAUUCGUACUUUCUCGAUCAACUUUCAUUGGCUCUGGGAGGUAUACAGCACAUUGGACUGGAGAUAAUGCUGCCACAUGGGAUGACUUGGCCUAUACUAUUCCAUCAAUUCUGAAUUUCGGACUGUUUGGGAUUCCUAUGGUUGGUGCUGACAUAUGUGGUUUUUCAGGAAACACAAAUGAAGAGCUUUGUCGGCGUUGGAUUCAGCUAGGUUCCUUUUACCCCUUUGCGAGAGAUCAUUCAUCGAUAGACACAACACGGCAGGAGCUUUAUCUCUGGGAUUCUGUUGCAGCAUCAGCUAGGAAGGUGCUUGGCCUUCGAUAUCAGCUGCUUCCAUAUUUCUACACACUAAUGUAUGAGGCUCACAUUAAAGGAACCCCAAUAGCACGACCUCUUUUCUUUUCAUUCCCUCAAGACAUCAAAACUUAUGAAGUCAACUCACAAUUUCUGAUCGGUAAAGGUGUAAUGGUAUCACCAGUAUUGAAGUCCGGAGCUACCUCAGUCGAUGCAUACUUUCCCGCGGGAAACUGGUUUGAUCUUUUUAACUACUCUAAUACGGUUUCUGUAAGUCCAGGAAAGUACAUCAAACUUGCUGCACCUGCAGAUCAUAUAAACGUGCAUGUUCAUGAAGGAAAUAUUCUGGCCUUGCAAGGAGAAGCCAUGACAACGGAAGAAGCUCGAAAAACAGCAUUUCAUCUAUUAGUGGUUCUUAGCAGCAGUGGAAACAGCACAGGGGAAUUAUUCUUAGAUGAUGGGGAGAGUGUGGAGAUGGGAGGGGAGAGAAAGAGUUGGAGUUUAGUGAAAUUUCAUAGUGAGAUUGUAGGAGAUAUGGCAAUGGUUAGAUCAAACAUCAUAAAUGGAGAAUUUGCUUUCAGUCAAAAGUGGAUGGUGAGCAAAGUAACAUUCAUAGGAUUGAAAAAGACUAAUGGGAUCAAGUGGUAUGAGUUGCAGACUUCCAAGGAAACAAGGAGUGGAAAUAGAAGGAUUAGGGCAAGCCUUAAUAACAAUGGAGAUUUUGAUGUCUUGGUGAUGUCAGGACUUUCUUUGUUCCUUGGAGAGGAGUUCAAGUUGAAUGUGAAAUUGUAAUGAUGGACAACCAUUGUCUAGCAAGUUAUUAAUAAGAAUAAAUCAACAAGGAUUGCAGCA